AUGCCCCAACUCACUCAUUCGAGCCCGAUCAUAAUCGUGGGCGCCGGUGUGUUCGGUCUCUCCUCUGCCUGGUGGCUGGCUCGCGCGGGCUAUCGUAACGUUCGCGUGCUGGACCGAUGGCCAGUCCCGUCGCCGUCGUCUGCGGGAUAUGAUCGCAACAAGAUCAUCCGCACCGAGUAUCCGGACGAUAUCUACUCCGUGCUCUCUCAGGAAGCCAUCGAGCUGUGGCGAGACCCGCUGUGGAAGGACGUCUUCCACCCCACGGGCUGGAUCUACGGCACGGACGGCUCCCAGGACCAGGACCGUGAAAAGACCUUCACGACCGCAGUGUCCAACACUCGCGCACUCGGGGACCCGUCCAAGAUCAUCGAACUGCCAGACUGGCAGGCGGCCUUUGAGCUGUACCCGGCGCUGGGCUACGCGCAUGACCGUCGCCGUGCCCAAGUCGGCGAGUAUGCUGGCGGCCAGCCCGUGCCGAGCCCGGAUGGCAAGCCCACGUUCCGGGGCAUCUACAACGGGAAUGCGGGGUGGGUGGAGUCGACGAACGCGAUGCUGAUCCUGAAGCGCGAGUGCGAGCGUCUCGGAGUGGAGUUUGUGGCCGGCGAGUCUGGCACGGUGGUCGAGUUCCUGCAUGGCGCUGACAAGACGCACCCACGGAUCGUGGGCGUGCGCACCGAGAACAACACGACCUGGUACGCGGAUAAGAUCAUCGUCGCGGCCGGCGCAUACUCGGAGACCCUACUGGACUUCAAGAACCAGCUGCACGCCUCAGGCUACUGCGUCACGCACAUCCGCAUGUCCGAGGAGCAGUACCAACGGUACAAGGGGCUGCCGGUGCUGAAUAUCGCGCGCCGUGGAUACUGUUUCCCGCCCAACGAGGACCGGAUCUUCAAGAUCUGCAACCUCGACAUCACCGUCGUGAACCGCGAGCGGUGGGCGGACCCGCGCGGCGCACACGGCGAAGUGCGAAGCCUCCCGCGCGACCAGGCGUACCACCCGACGGACACGCAGCCGCGCGUGGGACGCGAGAAGACCCUGGAGUUUGCGCGGUACAUCCUGCCUGAGUUCGGGGACGCGGAGGUCGAGAGCAGCAAGGUCUGCUGGGACGUCGAGACGCACGACGAUAACUGGAUCGUCGGGUACCACGAAGACGGGCCGGACUCGCUCUUCAUCGCGACGGGGGGCAGCGGGUACACGUUCAAGAACCUCACGAAUAUCGGCAAGUACGUGGUGCAGGGGCUCGAGGGGACGCUGAGCGAGGAGUGGAAGGACCUCUGGCGGUGGAGGCCGGAUCGUGUCGGGGUGUAUCCGGAGCGCGAGGGGAGGAAUGCGCGGUUCAAGUACGAUCUGAGGGAUUGUGAGGGAUGGAAGCAUCACGCAGUGCGCCUGUAA